CAAGCUCAUAACAAGAGCUAUAUUUUUGCUGUAAGUUGUAAGUAACACACAAUUGUAUUAUAUCAUGGAAUAUUCAUCCUCAUCAUCACAAGCUUCAAAACUCCAAAUGUUUUUCUUCCCAUACAUAUUGGGAGGCCAUUUGCUACCCAUGAUAGACCUAGCCAGAGUCUUCGCAUCCCAUGGCGCCAAAGUCACCAUCGUCACCACCCCUCACAACGCCCUUCUCUUCCAAAAACCAGUCGACCGCGACCGAAACCUCGGCCUGGAUAUCCUCUUCCACACUCUCGAUUUCCCCGCCGAGGAGUUUGGCUUACCGGACGGCUGCGAAAACGAGCUCAACACCACCUCCGGAGGAAUGUUCGCCAAGCUUUUUAAGGCCACCAUGAACCUCCAAAGCCCUCUCGAGAAGCUCCUCCGUGAGACAAGGCCCGACUGCCUCGUCUCCGACAGGCUCUAUCCUUGGACCGCCGAGCUGUCCAACAACCUCGGAAUACCGAGAAUUGUGUUCGACGGUACGGGUUGUUUCUCCCAUUGCGUGGAGGAGAGUAUCAGGCGCUACGCACCCCACGAGAAUCCGCUACUCCCCGACACCGAGCCCUUCGUCUUGCCCGGCCUGCCGGACGUUAUCGAGCUCAAGAGAUCGAUGUUGCCGGACUACGUCAAGACCGAAAACUUGUUCACGUCGUUUCUCAAUGACGCCUUGGAGGGUGAGAUAAAUAGUUAUGGAGUGGUGGUGAACAGUUUCUACGAGCUUGAACGAAACUACGCAGAUUUCUUCAGGAACGAAAUGAAAAGAAAAACAUGGCAUAUUGGACCUGUUUCGCUUUGCAACAGGGACAAUGUUGACAAGCUUGAAAGAGGAAUCAAAACCUCGAUUGACGAGAAUUCUGUCUUGAGUUGGCUUGAUGAGAAAAAACCUAGUUCGGUUCUUUACAUAAGCUUUGGAAGUAUGCCGAGAAUCACCCCACUUCAGCUUCUAGAAAUCGCACAUGGUCUAGAAGCUUCUGACCAUCCUUUCAUCUGGGUCAUUGGAAGAAUACUGAAAUAUUCCAAUUCUGAACAAGAUGGUGAUAACGAUGAUGAUUUACUCCCACCAGGGUUUGAAGAGAGGCUAAGGGAAUCUAAAACAGGGCUUCUGAUUCAUGGAUGGGCCCCACAGCUUCUGAUAUUGGAACACAAGGCCGUGGGGGGUUAUAUGAACCAUUGUGGCUGGAACUCCAUAAUAGAAGGCGUCACGGCCGGUGUGCCAAUGAUAACAUGGCCAUUUGCGUCGGAGCAGUUUUACAACGAGAGGUUUGUGAAUGAUGUGAUAAAGGUCGGGAUUUCGGUCGGCAAUGAGGAGUACUGGGAGCCAUGGAAGGCGCUCCCGAGAGUGACGGUGAAGAGAGAGAGAGUGACGAGUGUGGUCAACCAGUUGAUGGCCGGCGGUGAAUAUUGUAAUGAACAACUUGUAGAGAUGAGAAAACGAGCAAGGGAGUUUGCCGAGAAAGCUAAGAGAGCCGUCGAAGUCGGUGGUUCUUCUUAUUCUAACGUUGAUUCUUUCAUGAAAGAGCUCGAAUCUCGAUGUACUCGUCACGGCGGCGGUCGGGAUACGGCUAAACGUGAUUAGGGGCCUGAGGUAAUAUGAAAGUAUCUUUGUCCGAGUGGAGAAAAUGGAUUUUUUAGCUUAGUUCCGCUUUAGUAGUUUUGUUCAUUGUUUUUAGUUUGAAAAAUUCUAAGAAUUCUAAGGGAAGAGGUCGGUGGCCUUGCCUAUUAAUAACUCCUGAGUAGAUCAACACACUAGUUCAACAUACAAAUGGUUGGCAAGACAUCUCGAACAUUACUCUGUCUAAGUGAUUUUGGUGGUGUUUCGUUUUGCUCUGUACUUGUGACAAUUCUGUCCGUGUGUGUGUGUGAUUAGUUAUAAUCUGGGUAAUUUGCUUGAGCUGAAAUCGUCAACACCCCACAAAUGUGGAUAUUGAAUUUUCUCUGUCAAACACUGGGAGAUGGUCCCAUAUCCAA